GCAGCGCCACUACCAACGCCACUACCAGCGCCGCCGCCGCGCCGCCAGGGCGGAGGGAAGGGAAGGAACAGUGGGCAAAACCGGCUUAAAACGCAGCUCAUCACUUGAUGCCCACUCUCUGCUUUUCCAUAAUUCGGACUGAUCCCCUUCAACGCGGUCUUCUCGCUCAAAUUCUUUCACCUCGAGGUGCGCCAGAUGGGAGCAGGCGGAGAUGGACGGCAGCUAGGGAUCUAGAGCAUCUAGGAGGCAAGAUCAUGAGGUAUUGGAGAUUCUUGGCAACUUCUUGUGGCCGGAUCGCUUCUUCCAGUGCCUGGAGCUGAGGAGCAGCAUAAUAUCGGAUGUGGAGUACGUAGCGUUGAGAUUGGAGCUGGAAUCGCUCCAUCCUAUGUCGCAAUCCAUGCCGCGGUGUUCCCAAGCUUACAGUUGCAAUCUAAGUGUGUUGGGACGUGCAACGUCCCGAGGAUGUAAUUUGCAGCUUGCUGCCGCACAUGCGAUCAAACACUCCUCCUUAACGGGAUGUGGCUCACCCGUUAACUUGAUCCAACUGUUGGCAGCUGUCGGAUCAAGUCAGGUUCUUUUGGCAACUAAUGUGCUCGCCCUACCCGGGAACUGCUUCUUCCUCGGAUGAGAGACAGAGCGCGAGAUAAGAAUACAGAUAGGUGUGCUUUGAUCAGGAACUGAGGCACAGCUUCGCCACCAAUAUAAUGGAUGCAAAUUGGUUUCCUAAAGAUUUAUGGAUUCGUUGUCGUACGGCUCGAUGGGAAGGAAAUGGCGCGUCAUCGGUUUUGCUUACAUUCUCGUUUUCUUCUCGCAGCUGCCAGAAGCAUUAUGCGAAUUACACGUGCCCCCGCUGCAAUCUUCACUAUUGCUCGCUCCAGUGUUACAAGUGCACAGAAGCCUUCUCUCGCGACAACGUUCUCGCGGAGAUGAAGAAUGUGGAGGUGUCCAAGGAGACGAAGCAAAAAAUUCUGCAAGCAUUGCAAAGGCAAAGCGAGGAAGGAAAGGAAUCCAUUAACGAUGAAGAGGAGGAGACUUUCAUCUCGGACGAGACCUUGCACAAAUUAAUUGCUGGAGCCGAGGUCACAGUGGCUGAUUUAUCCUUGGACGAACUAAAAGCGUUUCAACGAGCUGUGGCAAGCGGAUAGCUGUGCCACCUUAUCGAGCCAUGGGAGCCCUGGUGGCUAAAACCGGGUGCCAAAUCCUUGACUCUCGGCUCUCAAGGUAACAGUCUCCUGCAACCGCUCGACUCGACGAGCAAAGACGAACAAGUGAAGCUCCUCCUCCUCCAUCGCAAGCUCUACCGCCGCUACGUCACCUCUCUAAACUUGAUCCUUCGCCGCUACGCCCGGUGCACCUCAUCGAUCUCCUUUACAGCUACUGCUUCGUGAUGCGGCUUUACAAUGGCGAGUGGAAGGACAGUCCGCUGGACGCGGCCAUGGAUUUGCUAGCGACGUCCAAAGUUCUAGACGGUCACCGAGGUGAUAUGCUACUGCUCAGAGGCCGUGUGCUUGCCGGCUUUCAGGCACGCGGGUGGCAGCCAGCUCAGUCUGUUGCUCUGCGAUGAUACAGCGGCACUUCUCCGGAUUGGAAGGCCCGCGGUGGUACGUGCCUUGGCCGAUCUCCAACGAAUGCUGGAAGCCUCCAUCGACGAGUCCAAGAAGCUCAAGAUGGUCGACACCAAGAAGGAGAGCAAGCUUCUCCAGGCGACUUCCAGGAAAGCUUUCGUCAUUAUGUGCUGGGCAAACCAACUUGGCGAUGGCAUCGCUUGUUUUGCAGCUCUGGUGGAGACCGAGAAGGAGAGACGUGCCGAAUCCACUGAGUCGACGGUGGCGACGGCGACGACAACGACGAGGACGACGACCAAAGCAGUCUUGUCUGCCGCUGGCGAUUGAAUGCUACUCGAAGCUCGGUCACUGUGUCAAGGUCUUCUUUUGUUGAUCUGCCGUUCUCCGUGUGCGUAGCCGAAGUUUCAUCAGGUGCACCGCAAGGAAGCAACCAAAAGCUCGCUCCCUCGUUCGCGAUUCAUGUAUCCUUGCGGAAAGUGGUAGAAUCUUUUCGUUUCAAACAAGAUCUAAGCUUUUCCCCACUACCUUUGCAUGCU